AUGAGACCUUCCACCGUUCUUCUCUGCCUUGUGCCCACCGCGGCCCUUGCAACACAACAAUCUUCCGCAGUUCAACCCUCCCCCUCGGUACCAAAUGUUACUCCUCCCGCGCCAUUACCAGAGCUACAACAACACCAAUACCAGUAUCAAUACCAACAUCCACCUGAAUCCGUCCAAGAAGCCGGUGUCGAUGCCGCUGCCGCACAACCGACAGACGCAUUUGGCCUGGGGAAAACGACGUCAACAAAAUCGCUGCAGGCACGAAGUGAAGGGACACUGGGUCAGUCACCGUGGAUCGGAAUGGCCAUUGGGCUGACAUGUACGGCUUUUGCGGCGGUCAUGCUGGGAUAA